AUACCACGUUACAAAUUUUCUACCGAACCGGUGUCGAUGUAAUAAAGAAUAUCCGGUAAAAUUGUAAACACUCACGAAAAAUUUACAAAAAAGAAAAUAAAGAUCCCGUUAAAGUUAUGGAUGAAAAUCAGCGAGAUGGUGUCCUGCAGUAUUUCAGUGGGGUUGUUGAGGAACAUCCAGAUAUAUCUGCAGCUGUAGCAGCUAUUAAAACACUUCUUCACUUCAUAGAAAACAACAGGAUGGAAACCCUGGCUGGUCUUAGAGCUACAUUAAAGGAUGCCACACAUACUCUCACACAGACAGAUAGUAGUGUUACCUCUAUAUCAUCUGGAUGUGAACUCUUCCUCAGAUUUAUCACAUUAACAAGUCUCGAAGAUACAGAUUUUCAGAAGUGUCAGAAUAUUAUGGUGGAGCGUGGUAACAUGUUUUUACAAAAGGUUGCCUCAUCAAGACAGAAGAUAGCUAGACAAGCAGAUAAAUUUAUCAGAGAUGGAUCUAAAAUUCUUAUUCACUCACAUUCAAGAGUUAUUCAACAUGUGUUAAAAGAGGCAGUCCAAUCAAAGAAGCGAUUUGAGGUGUAUGUAACAGAAUCAAGACCAAAUGAUGCAGGGUUGAAGACAAUGGAAGAAUUGCGAGCAUGUGGAAUACCUACAACUUUAAUUCUUGAUUCAGCUGUUGGUUAUGUUAUGGAGAAGAUGGACAUGGUAUUAUGUGGUGCUGAAGGUGUUGUAGAGAGUGGUGGAAUCAUAAAUAAGAUUGGAACGUUUUCAAUAGCCAUUGCAGCAAAGGCCAUGAAUAAACCUCUUUAUGUGGUGGCAGAGAGUUUUAAAUUUGUACGACUUUUUCCCUUAAAUCAACAUGAUCUACCAAAUGAAUUUAAAUAUAAAGCAUCUACUCUGAAGAAAGGAGGCAACCUGGAUGAGGAACACCCACUAGUUGACUACACACCACCUAAUUACAUUACAUUGUUAUUCACAGACCUCGGAGUGUUAACACCGUCUGCUGUCAGUGAUGAACUCAUUAAACUUUAUUGCUGAAAA